CACACAUACACACACAGACAGUUGUUAGUCUCACCUGGACAUAGACACACACACACACUUCUAUAGACAGGGACUCCAGCGGCCCAAAAACGGACAGCCAGCUCCUCAUUUGUACAGUUUGUAGACCAAAGUAGCCAAGAUGUGUUGUUCGGGUUUACUGAAGAUCCUCAUGUUCAUUGUGAAUGGCGCCAUCUUUCUGGUGGGCGCCGGACUGCUGGGCGUGGGCGUCUGGGUCACGCUGGACUCGGACUCCAUGUUGGGCUUCCUGGAGCACAUCGAGGACGCGCCGGCGGAGCUGAAGCAGCUGGCCAACGUGGGGUACCUGCUCAUCGGCCUCGGGAUCGGCCUCGCGUUCAUCGGCUUCCUGGGGUGCUGCGGCGCCAUGAAGGAGAGCCGCUGCAUGCUGCUCACCUUCUUCAUCAUCGUCCUCAUCAUCUUCCUCGCUGAAGUGGCCGGAGCUGUGGUGCUCUUCGUGUUCCAGCCGCUGGUGGAGGAACUUCUUCAGGAGAUUAAAGUGGAGGUGGCUGACAGCAUUGAGAAAACCUACGGGGAGGACGAAGCCCUCACAACCUUCUGGAACACCACCAUGGUUGAGUUGAAGUGCUGUGGGUACAGCAACUACACAGACUUCACAGGGUCUCCAUUCGUCAACACUUCCGGCCUCUACCCACCAGAGUGCUGUAAGACGGGCAAAAAGUGUAUACUUGAUAUGGCCCAUUCAGCUGACAUACCUGGCUGCUUUGAAGCACUUGUGACCCUCAUCGAGGAUAACGCAGGACUCGUGGGAGGUGUGGCUCUGGGGAUCUGUGCAGUGGAGGUCUUGGCCAUGAUUUUCGCCAUGGUGUUGUACAAGAAAGCAGGCAAAUAGCAUCGCCGGCCAAGUCAAGACCCACCAGCAUCAGCCAAUCGGAAUCAUCUGCGUUUGGCUGGACAGCCAAUCUUUUUGUUUGUUUGUUUGUUUUUAAAGUGCACCCUGAGCACACAGGAGACACCCAAUCACAUUAUAUCCACACUGUCUGUCACCACAGAGAAUGGCUAACAAUAGAACGCCUGAGGGGCGUUGAAAUUUGCAAACAUAGGCGAACGCUUGCAAACAGUUUUCCGUUAGCCUUGAGUUUUCGGUGAACGUUUUCGAACAAUCGCAAACAGGUUGUUCUCCGUGAACAUACUCUGGGACUGUAAGCAACAAUGCAAUUACCGUUAGAAUGAAUGCACCAUAUCAUUCAAAUUUAACAUAUCAAAGAAAACAUAAUGUUCACCACAAACGUUCGCCACUGUUUGCCAAAUUUGAACGCACCUCUAGGUCAUGAGGAUGUUGAUCCUUCAGCAGGGGAGUUUUGAACAUUCUAACAAACGAUUCUGUUCCGCAACAAUGCACGGUUCUAAAAUUCCAUGUUGAAUUCAAUGAACCCAGACAUUCUUUAGAACGUUCAUUUAUUUCAACACUCCGGCUGAAGUAAACUCCCAGUAAGUGGUAGGCUAAUCCUCCCAAUAAAAGAUCACUGUGCCUUCACUGUCUUAGCAAAAACAAAUUCUUCUAUUAGGAGGUUUGCCACCUACUAUGGCUUAAUUU